AUGAUGUCCUCACACAGAAGAGCAGGCAAGACUGCUCCGCGCUUCCUCCAGGAUAUAGAGUUAUAUGACCCCGUUCACCCUCCAGCUUCAGGUCGCAACCUGCUCGUUGAUAUUCCCCCCGUAUUUCCGGACGGAUACGAUGGCCCGCCAGAAUGGCUCUCCCCUUCAGCCUGCAAACACGUGUACGUCACGAAGCCCAACCAAACCAUCGUUGUAACACCGGAUCAAAGACAGGGUCGAGGAGCCUAUUCAAAAGUUUGUGCAGUAUGUUCAAAGUGUCGAUUGCAUGCGCAGGUGGUGGUAAAUUAUACCGCCAAUGUAGCCCCUACGUCCGGCCAUCUGCAUCAUCUUGUCUGUCAGUCUGGUAGCCACGCGAAUGGUUCGACCACGUCGAGAGGACAAAGCGCGGAAACUUUCUAUUACAAAUGCUCUUACUUGACAUGUGGCAUCACUGUCUCCGUACAGAUUACGUCCCCUGUUCUGAAUCAUGACUUUCUUCAGCUCCUGACGGACGUGGAACUGGUCAACAAGCGUGCAGACGAAGCGAUAGCGGCUCAACCUGAGCGUCUAGAGGGAAUUGCACGGCCUCAACCCAUAACUAUUCUUGACAAUUUGCGCACAUACCUUCGCAAUUCUCUUCAGGAUCCACAACGUAGCAAGCCGAUUUCCGCCAUCAACAAACGAUUUGUUGUUUGCUUUGGUGUUGAUGGCAAACAUUGUAAAGACCUGCUGGAAUUCCUGGGAUUCUCAUUUCGGGACGAAGGAUUUUGGGAUCCUCCAGAUCCAAAAGCAUCCGAGGAUCCACCCUUCCAAAACGAACUCAAUAUCUUUCUUGAUAACGUCAUACAUGAACUGUCCAUAUUGAUCGAGCAGCGACCCGUCUCAGAGAAGAAGACCCCGUAUGCUCUGAACCCGUCACUACGAGCUAGUAAUGACUUUCUUAAUGCUCUUGAAGCUGCCAACUAUGCGAAAUCGACAAGACUCAUCGAGUUCGAAAUGCCUGGACAGCCGUGCUACGAGGAUCUUGGCACCGUGGAAGAUAUGGCCUCCGACCUCAUAAUUGAAGCAUAUCAUCGCCAAGUUGCGGUUGAUCCGUCAAGGGGCCCGCAUUAUCUUCAAUGUUUGAGCUCAAUUGCUCAAUGGCGAGGCGGCCCAGAUCGCGAUACAAUUAACGAGGCUGUGACGAUCGCAUACAGCAGGGGCGCCUAUACAACGAGUGACAUCUUCAAGGCUUAUGAAUACUUCGAUCUGAAUCCGAAUGACACAACUCUUACAGAUGAUGUUAUUAUUGGAAGGUUCCACGCAUAUCUAAGCUCUACCACCCAGGAAACUGAAGCCCGGCAACAACUAUGGCGUAUCGGGGAUGUGAGGGAAAGCGAACGAAUCAAGUCUGCUGCUGAGGAUAGAGUAUCCAAUGCCGAGCAGGCCCUCGUUUAUCUCGGAGUCGAAGAGAACACGCCUGACGAUUUUGUCAUCACAAUGUUUACCACGAAAGUGAAUGACAGCCCUAGUAGCAGAGAAAUCUCGGAGAAAGCUUUGUCACUGAUAGCAGAAAAACGCAAUUCCGAAACUUUGAAGCAUUUUCUCAAAACUGGCGAGACCGGGGCGGGAGAGAUGGAUGUCGGAGAUGCAUAUCGUCUCCUUCAAAUACCUGACCGCACAGUUGGCGAUGACGCUAUACUUGCAGCGUACACGAUCUGUGUAGAUGAAGCUCCAACGCAGGUAGAAACCUACACGCGUGCUCUUAGUAUCAUUGCCAAAGAGAAAGAUAGUCCUAUGCUAAGUAGCUUCGUCUCGGGCUCUACAACGCACAGCGAUCGAGUUUUGUCUGAAUGGCCUGUUGGCCUCCAAAAUAUAGGUAAUACUUGCUACCUUAACAGCUUACUCCAGUUCUACUUCACUGUGCGUCCUUACCGGGAGAUGGUUCUGGAUUUUGAAAACAAUAAAACGGAUUUGGACGAGGAAUCCCUACGCCAGAAGAAAGUUGGUUCGCGUAAAGUAUCGAGAGCUGAGGUCGAGCGGUCUCAAAAGUUUCUCCGCGAGCUUCGCGGGCUGUUCCACAAUAUGAUAACAACUUCCAAAGCGUUCGUUCGACCCGAACAAGAACUGGCUAGGUUGACGUUAAUCAGCUCUACAAACGAGGCGGAGAUUCGCCGAAGAUCCACCAUUUCCGGGAUCAGACCUUUCGGUCUUGGUGAAAUUAACGGUGCGCCAGUGGCAGGACCACUGGGACCACCUGAAUCCAUAACAUCUCCCGGACAUGAGAAUGUCGACCAAAACACCAUUCCGAUUCAAGGAACUCCCGCUCAUGACCGUCAAGUCAACGACAUCGAUAGUGAGACUACUCUUGUUUCUGACCCUGAGACUGAGAAGGAUGCGCCGCUGCCUGCAUCUGCAUUCGCUGUGUCAGGAGACACGGAAGAUAUCACACAAACUAUCUCGCAGCCACAAACUCUAGAGAAAGUUGAUCCGCCGAGUCGACCACCUCCAGAGCCGCCCCGACCUGCGGAAACAGAUCGUAAAAGGCAAUUGAUAGAAGAAGUUGAACUUGGGGCUCAACAAGAUGUCACUGAAGUCAUCAACAAUGUUUUGUUUCAGAGCGAGUGUGCCAUUAGACCCCGAGGUAUUGCUCCAGAUGGGGAGCAGCUUGAUCAAAUCAAAGAUUUGUUCUAUGGCAAGACAAAGACGUACAUUACAGCACAGAACGGGACACGUUCAAAAGAAGAACUCUGGUCUGACAUCAAGGUUGACGUUGCAACAGGCUCACGAGAUAUAUACUCGGCUAUCGACGGCGCAUUUGACAUGCAGGAGGUAUUCGUCGAUGACGCGGUCGUGGAACAAUUCGGUGCCAUUAGCAAGCUGCCCCCAGUACUGCAAAUCCAGGUACAGAGAGUUCAGUUUGACCCAAUUAAGAAGACAUCUUUCAAGUCAACACAUCACUUGGACCUCAAGGAGACGAUCUAUCUCGAUCGUUAUAUGGACACUCAGAAGGAAGAUAUUGUGAAACGACGCAGGGAUUGCUGGGCCUGGAAACGAAAGCUGAUUGCUCUACAAAGCCGCAAAGCGGAAUUGUUGAGAUCAAGUGACAAUGACGGACAAAAUAUGCCUUCACUAUUCAAAAACGCUUCAAGCCUUCUGACAGAGCUUUCUGCAAUUAAUUCUACCGAUGAUAGGCCUAGCGAUUCCCUUGAUAUCAACGCGGAACUUGCAGUUGAAAUGCAGAAAUUGUCACAAAUAACCCAGGCUGAAUUGGCUCAUAUCGAACAGGAAACGAAGGACAUUGAAGCCAUGAUUUCGAGCAGUUUUAAUAACUAUACAAAAUUGGCAUAUCGUCUUUACGCCGUCUUUAUGCAUCAGGGAUCUGUAGAGUUUGGGCACUAUUACAUCUACAUCUUUGACUUCAAGAAGCAAGUUUGGCGCAAAUACAAUGAUAACGACAUCACAGAAGUCAAAGACACAACAGAGAUAUUCGGAACCCCUAAUCAGGCCAAUCCCCCAACACCGUAUUUCCUGGUUUACGUCAACGCCGCUAUGAAGGAUCGGUUGGUUGAACCAGUCCGCCGAGAAAUUGUCUCAGAAACAAACACGACGGAGAACUCCGACGUGAAUGCCGUUGCAAAGUUCGAUGGGCCUAUGGAUAUUGAUGUCGCUACUGAUAUGAAACCGCCGUCCUAUUUUGAUGUGAAGACGAAAGACGAGCCCCAAGUCUCGAGCGUUGAAUCACCGCCAUCUCCAGUUUCACCAACAGCUAUCCCCUUAAAACGAAAAGGAUCCGAAGACCAAAUGAGCAUCACUGUCAGUUCUCAUGUCGAUGUAUCUUAACUAUUUUUUUUUUUCAUCACUAUUGAAGCGAUGUAUUAUCGUCAUGAAAGUGUGAAGCUUGAUAUGUUUCUGUGUCCAUAUUUUUCUUUAUGAUGUUCAGUGCUAGAUUCCUCUUUUACAUACCCGUGUUCUUUUCCUGUUCUGAGAGUCCUGUCUAUGCAUAGCUAUGAUUUAUAUGCAAUAUCCACAAGAGUGAGGAGCAGAAAAAUGACUA